AUGCGCUGUAAACCGUUUAAGGACCUGAGAUCUGGCGCCUUCGUGGCCAACCUCGAAGAUCCUGGCGGUGUUCAAGCGAACGCCUUCGGCUGCAUCGACCCGGGAGGUGAACAUGUCUUCGCGGUGCAAGCGAACAAGGCUCUUUGGCAAGUCUGGGACUGGAGCAAGAAGCCAACUUACAGGGCGAGCUUGCCGGAAAAAAUCACUGCGAUGGCUUUCAGCCCAGAUGCAGCACUCUGCUUUGCCGGGGCAGCGUCCGGUACACUGUAUAUUUGGAUGAUGAGCACAGGUACAUUGCUUCGCUGUUGGCCUGCGCACUUUAGAGAGAUCUCGCAAAUCCUGGUAUCAAGCGAUGGUGGUUUUCUCGUCACUGCAUCUGCAGAUUCUGCAGUGCAUGUUUACAAUCUUGCAGACGUGCUUGGUGACGCGGGAGCUGCAAAACCAUUCCACUCUUGGUCCGGACAUUCUUUAGCGGUAACGUCUUUGGCAUUUCUCGGAGGUGGCAGCACUCCUCGCCAGGUCGUGGCCACAGGGAGUCUGGACCGUUCUGUCCGCCUUUGGGAUGUGGGCACUGGCAAGCCACUGCUCACACGCAGUAUGCCGGCCCAAGUCCAUGGUCUGAGCGCAGGACCUUCCGCAUCCGAACUGUUUGUUGCUUCCGGCAAUGGUGGUCUUUGCAGCCUUGCAACAUCCAACUUUUCGCAAGACAGCUGUCCAUACAUUGGUCACACUGGAGCUGUGCACAGCUGUGCAACUUCUUUCGACGGCAGUCGUAUUGCAUCGUGCAGCGAUGUAGAUCGUGUUCGGGUAUGGGAGACGCGAACCCGACAGUGUGUGGCACAACUGCAUGCAAGUCGAGAUGUCAAGAUUUCGGCCGUCCGAAUAGUGCGCAAGUUGCCCCAGAUGCCUGGGCUUCCGCCUUUCCAGCCCUUCCAGCGCAUGCUCGUGGCAGCUCACGAGAUGCCUUCGGUCUCACGAUGCUUUUCUGGCCGGGACACUGCUCUGAAGCACCGCAUGGGUCCUUACACGAAAACUGACGAGAUCUUGGAUCACGUGCAGUGGAUCUCGGGAGCAGAAGCUGCAAAGCCGGCUACAGACGCAGCGCAGGGGGACGGCGAGCAGGACUUGGGCGCCCUCCUGGAGGAGGCGCGCCAAGGUCAGGCGCGCUGGGCGAAGGUGGCACAUCAACUUUAUGAGCUCCUGACAGAGCGGGGUCUCGACACGGAAGCCAAAGCUCUUGCCAACAGUGGCGCCAGCCGCUGA